GUACAAACAGUAAGGUGUUGGCGGAUCGCAUGUUUCAUGGCACUUGUUGGAUUAUCAAGCAACGUAUGAAGAAAUUUUACAUCUGAGGAUGGCUUAGUAUUAUUGUUCGGACAGGAAAAGGCUGAAAUCAAAAUGGGUUCUUGUGCAAAAUGCAUGACAAGGGUGCCUUAUGGAACCUUGAUCGCCACUAUCUUUUGCUGUGUGGGCGUGCUGGCAUUUUUGAUAUGUCUGUACAGGGCGGUGCAUCUGACGCUACGAAUGUUCGAAGAUGUCUUUACUUACAACUUAGAGUGGCUGAGCGACGUGCACGUCAUCUUCAUCAUCGUCGGUGCCCUGAUGGGCCUGCUCGCAGUCACACUGCUUGUCGUGGGAAUCUUCUCCACAGGAGCCACCCGCACCAAGAUUUACAGAGGGUGGAAAUCCAGGAUCGGAGGACGCAUUUCCUCUGCCAUGUGUAUGAGUGUGGUCUACAUACUCAACCUGGUGUGGCUCUGCAUUUCGGGUUGUCUGGUCGUCGUGGUUUUCGUGUUUUAUGUCCUAAGGAAAAUCUGUGAAGCUUCCAGCGACUGCGUCGACCUUCAGCAAUUUCAUUUUCUCUUCCCAAAUGGGACAGACAUCAACACACUGAAAAUUUGUAAGCAGAAAAAAGUCUUCUGCACAGACACUGUGAAUUAUGCUGGGCUGUAUUAUAUUAUAGCUUUUGCUGCCUCAGUUUUAGUGAUCAUAAGCUUGAUCCACUACAUCAUGUGCCUUGCAGCGAAUUACACCAGAAUCAAGGACCAAGAGAAGUUCAAAGAUUUGCAGGAGCUUCAGUAUUUACAAGAUUCAGAAAUGGGAACAUUGCCAAAAGAUAGAUUCUAGGACAUAAGCCAAGGGAUUUUCAUGGAGGAAAAAUUUUCUGGGAAACGGUGAAAUUUUAGAUCUUUUGGCACUCGUUACGUUCAUGUAAGUGAGCAACAAAUAGCGAAAGUGUCCAUUUUAAGAAAAUGUUUUCCCCCUCGAAAAUUUCUUGGCUACCUGCAUGGUUCUUUAUUUCCUUUUCAAAUACUUCAAAAUGUUUACUCAUCAAAAAACUAUUUAUUCAUUUGCGGUUGAGGGAUUUGGAAAGGAUUUUGACUCAUUAACCUUCAACAUUUCUGCCACAUUCCUAAAUUUCAUCAUACUUUUCUAUAAAAAUUAUGCUGCAAAUAGAUGUGUUAAAAUUUUUAAGUGUUGGUAAAAUAUGAUGUGUAACUUUUACCUUAGGCUGGCUGGGGUGAAACUGACCCUGGUCUCUAAACCCUGAAAUGUGCUACUAUUGUUUGAACAACUACAGAACGGGGAGACACACUCACAAGGGGGUGCAUCUAACCUGCUUAUCACCACAUUCUAGUUUUUAUCGGUAAUAUGUGAGUUCAUUUGCUUCCUGCUAAAGCUUAACCACGGUGAGAUGGCGGGUGACCUUGAAGUGGAUACAUAAUUUGUAACAGGUAGAAUCAGCCACAAGGUGCCGAGUUGUAAGAGGCGCAUUUCUCUGAUCUUAUGUAUUAAUAAUAACAAACAAUAUAUUACAAAAGAUAUAAAUGGUGUCUUCACUUCAAGGUCAUCCCCCAUCUCUCCAUGGUCAAGCUUUAUAAUGAAGUGUUUAGAAAGUUUCUACCCAGUAUAGUUUGCAAACUUAUUUAUGUUGCAGGGCAGAAGUCUUUUCACAUGUUGAAGGUCUGCUUUGCAUCUAUUUUUUUCAAGAGCCGAAGGGGAAAUUGGCAGGAUCUAAAAGUGUCUUCAGUACAGGGCUAAUAGGUGCAUAGUCAAAAGCUUCUCAGAAGACUAUUGCUUGCCUGAUGUUUCUAAAAUUAGAGGAUUUUUUUCUUUCAUUAUUCAUAUUCAGCAUCUUAAGAAGGGGGAGAAAAGCACUUUCUCUAAAAGAAACACUCUAGACAAUAGCUAUUAGAGCCACAUUAUAUCACACUCCAAUGUCCCCCGUACCUACCACUAUUUGUGGUUUAACCGGUUGGAUAAAGCCUUAAAGACAGCUGUUUUUUGACCCAGACCAGAAGCCGAGCAAUCUCUGGUCCAGUAGCCCAAGAGGCUUUGAUUCACUUGGAGGACUUUCUGACGACAACACAUUUACUGUGCUUCAGUCCCCAUUAACGAACACGGAGGAUCUUCCACUAGCUGGUAUUGAACUCUGGACCUUUCAGUUACAAGUCCGACAACUUCCCAAUGAAACUACCAUGACCUCCAGGCUCAUUAUAGAAAAUUACUUUAGGAGAUUCUUUUUGGAAUUCAUUAGUUAAAGAAAUCUGGAAUUCUGAGAUAGCCCUGGAAAAGUUUCACCCCUGGUCUGUGAUUUGACUAGCUCAAAACAACAAAACUCUGGUUCUACUUUCUGUACAAAUAAAUAGCCGUUCAACACCUUACGUUGUAAUAAAUGCAAACAACAUCCCUGCUUUUUCCUUACACAAGAGUAGCACAAUUAACCCACAUAAGUCUGGAAUUCUGAAAGUCCAGUUACACCACUAAUCUAGAAGCUCUCCUUUGAACAUUUUCCAAUCAACUUUCUUAACAUAGAAAUUUUUACUAUAAGCACAGUAAAUUUUAAAAAAUAACCAUGUUAUAUUUACAUAAAGAAUCAACAAAGGAAGAAAUUAUUCAAUAAGUAAAAAUAUAUAUAUUUACAAAUGUUAAGUCACCGAUUACGCCAUAUAUUUAUUAUUGUAGCAUAUUUUACGACACCAAGAAUUAGCUUGAAAUAAUAUUUAGACAUAAACAUUUAUAUCAGACUUUGAAUGAUCUUUAAAACUUGUCCACACAAAUGUAUAUUAAAUGCAAGAAAAAUAUUUUGAUAACUGAAUUUAAAUAUACAAGGUCUAUUAAUAUAAAUAUGCAACACACUUGCAGCUAAAUAUAUUUGUAUUCCAUUUUUUUAAAUGAAAUGUAAAUAAUUUGAAUAAUUUAGAUUUUUUUAAGAGCUUGUUACAUCUUACAGAUCAUAUAAUAACACUUUAUUAAAAUAUAUUUACAUCUAAUACAAUACAAAUGUGACGACCAGCAACAGGCUCUUGGUCCAGUUAGGCUGGUCCUAGUCAAUUUAUUAGUCCUCAAUGAAGAUCAAUGGCUCCUCUUAAAGCUAUCCACCCCCUUGACCCCCUUGCUCAUUACCAUCUCUUCCGGUAAGCUGUUCCAAAUGCCCACAACCCUACUAAAGUAGUAGUUUUUCCUUAUUUCCAGGUUAGCCUGAGAUUUGAAUAGUUAAAAACAAUAACCCCUUGUCCUGCUUUCGGUGCAAAAAUUUAAUCCAUUUGAUAAAUCAUUUUGAUAAAUUUAAAGAACUGAAUCAUGUUCCCUCUGAUCCUCCUUUGGAUCUAUUUUAUAUCUAACUAAAACUAGCCCAAUAAAAUGGGAUAGAAGUAGUAAUCCUUUAAAAAGGGGAAAGGGAACUGGUACUUUAUUAUUUUAAUCACAAAAUUUGUCUGAGUUGCAAAUAAUAGCAUGGGGUAAUAAACCGGUUUCAAUGUGACUGAACGGUUCCAAUAAGAUUUUAAUAUGUACAGUGGCUCCCAAAAGUGUUCGUACACCUUGAAAUUUUGUAGUAAAACCAAAAUAACUCAAAACUGAAUUCGAAUAUAAAGUCCAAUUUUUUUUCACACCAUUCCUAUGUCAUUCUGAAUAAAACCCAGUAGUUUCUUUAGAAUAUUGCCAGAUUUUAUUUUUGAAAUUUGUCAAAAAACGAAGAGUCAGAGAAAAAAUACGCCACAAAAGUCAUCGUACACUAAAAUAGUUUCGAAAAAAUUCAUAAUUAGAAUUAUCAUAUCUGGUUUUUUUAUUAUUUUUGCAUUGUAAUGAUACUGUAAAGACAUUUGCCUUUAAUUUUUUGUGUAUUCAUUCCCUAAUAUUUUGCUUAAUAUUUUAAAAUGGCAGGUAUGCGUAAAAAACAACAAACACGAUUCGAAAUUUGAUUUUUUCCCUCACAGUAGCCGUAAAUUGGUUUGAAAUGUUUCUAAAUUGCUUAAUUUAUACCAUUCUAUGGUGAAGGGCUUGAUAAAAUGCUUUAAAGUCAAGAAUCGGAUCGAAAACAAGGUAAGAAAAGGUCAACUGGCAAAGUUAACAAAGAGUGAUCGGAGGUUUACAGUUAAAAAAAUAUGAAAAAUGCACAUUUCAGAACUGAAAAAGUUUCUGCAGAAUUGAAUGAAACAUUUUACGUUAAAUUUUUACCUAAAAUUGUUCGCUAAGUUCUCUGAUUAGCUAGAUUAAAUAGGACCGCUUCCCGCAGAAAUUUUCUUGUUCGUACGAAAAACAGUAAGCUUACACUUUCCGUCGUAAAAUCAAUGAUAAAUAAGGUCAAAACGUUUUGGAACAACGUCUUAUUCAUAGACGAAAAUAAAUUCAACAUUUUGGGUUAAAUUGUUGUAUAAUUGUAAAUGAAAGAAAACAAUGAGGAAUUUAAUCUUAAGAACUCAGUUGGAUCGGUUAAUCAGGACGGUGAAGGUGUUCUUGUGUGAGGGUGCAUCUCAGCAUUAGGAAUCAGAACUUUGGAAUUUUUUGAUGAAAUAAUGAAUUAUGCUGUUCAUUUAAAUAUUUUAAGAAGCAAUAUGAAACUAUUACCCCAAAAUUUGGUAAUCGGAAACAACUUUGUUUUUUAUCAAGAUAACGAUAAGAACUAACGAUUCGCGUUUGGCGCCUCAAAAUUUGUCCUUAAGCUUAGAAAUGUCUCCUCAAUCGCUAGAUUUAAACUUAAUGGAACAUAUUUGGAGAUAUCUGGUGGCUAGAUUACCAAAAUACACCAUUGAAACAAAAAGCGAACUAGAAACAGUAAGACUCGUAGCGCGGCUGAACACUUACUCAGAAAUUGCACAAAAAAAGAAAGAAAAAACAAUUAAAUCUAUUCCCAGACGUUUGAAGGCUGUUGUUGUUACUGCACGAUAUCCUACUAAAUAAUAACUUAGUAAAAAAUUAGAUUAUUUACUAAUUUUUUGACAUUUUUUCAAAGUGUACGAAGACUUUUGUGAGAUAAAUUUUCCAGCACUUUUUGGUUUUUGAUUUUUUAAAAAUUAAGUUUUAAUGUUUUAUUAAAAAUUUUCAUGCAGUUUUGUUAAAAACAAAUCAUAGAUCUUAUAAUAAAAUACCUAUUCCGAAAUAUUAAUUCUAACCAAUGGAUAAGGGCCUAUUUCAUUGAAAGUCGUAGGUGUACGAACACUUUUGGGAGCCACUGUAUAUAUAUCAUUGUAGAUAUAAUCUUAGCAUUUAAUAUAUGUAUUAGCAUUAUAAAAAUAAAGUAACAACAUUAUACCAUUUCCAAUUUGCAUUCUGGAUUAAAUUUGGUAUUUCGGUUGUAACAUGGUAUAUUCCUCGUCUUGGGAGAGAUUCUUGCCACUGACUUUGUUUUCUAAAAAUGAGGAUUUGAUGUGUAACAAUUUGUUGCAAAGGUGAAGAUUGUUUAGAUGUUUUUUCAGCUUUAACACUACUUAUAUUGUUGAAAAAAACUAUUUAUUAUUUUGUUAUAAAAUAGCUUUGAUUAUCGAUGUUGAUUGAAAACAAUUUUGAAUGUUAUUAGAACUAAGGCAUCAGUGUCAAUACAGGAAAUUUUCUCUGGCUUACGGGCACUUGUCGAUCAAUCAACUCAUGAGCCACGAAAAUAUUUCUUGCAACAAUAAAUGUCAUCAGCUUUAUACUGCCUUUUCUUGACUUGCUACAUUCCAUGUUUUUAAACACAUUUUGUAUUGAUAUUUAGCUUAGUUUCUAUUAAUAUAUUUAUGUAUGAAUAUAUACUACCUUAUUUACUAAUUUUUGUGUUUGUGUGUAAUUUGAUUAAACAGAUAAUUUAUAAUUUACACAAUAAGACUGAAAUAAGACUGUUUUGUAUGUAUGGAAAAGUCUUUAGGCUGCUUUUUUAGUUAAAUGAAAAUGUAUUUUGUUGAAAAUAAAUUUUACAUCAAAAAAUAUUUUGUAUGCUUACUAUAAUCAUAUAAUAUUUUAUUUAAAUAUAUUUACAUCUGUUUUACAUC